CGGCGUCCUCAGGGUCGCCAUGGCAACGGGAGCGGGCACGGCCGGGAAUGGGCCCGGAAUGGGCCCGGACAGCGCGGUGCUGAAGUGACACCGCCUGUGCACCUCUGUGGUGUCCCCAGGUGUGCUGUGACUAAUGCACAGCUCAGCACAGCUCACUGCUUUUCCUCCCUGCCACAUCAACCCGUGAAUACCUGGCCGUGCAAACGACUUCUGAACACUUCAACCGAGGGGCUGCUGUGAACCAUCAGUGCAAAACAUGGGAUGAAUUCUUCCGACAUGAAACACAUUUUGGUCUCUUCCCCUCACACCCACACCAUGGAUAACAUCCACGUCCCUCCAAAAGUCCUGGUGCCACCCGUUUUCCACCCUGCCAGCUGGGAGAGGGACAGGAGCUCUGCCUCCAGCCUGGAGGAUUCCCAGGAAUGCGACUCUGAGAGCCUGGAAAAGGAGAGGCAGGGCCAGCAGAGCAUCCUGGAAAAUCAGGAGCUGCGAGGGCAGGACCCUGGUGACAUCCCGGGGAGUGACAGCCUGGAAGAGGACAGCUUGGAGGAGAUGAGCUCUGAUGAGAAAGGAGCUGAGUGUGACACAAAUGAGAAAGGAGGACAAAAGAUUUAUGGCAGUGGAAGGAAAAAACUGCCUGUGGACAAAUACACCGGCCUGAGGCGCAAUCCUCAUUGGAAGAGUGCAAAAAAAAGAGCAGAUUUUUUUAAGGCAGAGAAAAGAGCUGAAAUUUCUGGAGGAAGCAGUGGGGACUUUUCAGUGGAUUCAUUUUAUCUCCAUUCUGACAGCUCCUCAGAAAAUAAUCAACAGGAGGCAAAGCCCCAGGAUUCAGUCCCAGAGUUUGGUCCAGAAUUAUUCAGCUUUCGUGGAGCAAAUGUGGCCAGCAACGAACCUGUUGGGCCACAAGGCAAAAGGAAGGAACCUGCAGAUGGAUUUCAUUCCAGAGUUAAUCCUGGCCACGCUUUUCCUCCUCAGAACCAGCAGGAUCCACCCCAAAGAGCAAAAAAAAACUUUGUGAAAAAGAAUAAGCGGACUUUGGGGUUACAGUCGGGGAAGAUGAAUUCCUAUCUCGAGCUGCACAAUAAAAAGCAGCAAGUUCUUCAAGGGCAGGUCACAGAUCCUGCAGCAGCUGAUGAAGAACCACUCCAGAAUGUCCCAGCAUUCCAGCCUGGGAUAACGAAGCCUGAAGACAAAUGGUGCCCAAAAGGACAGCAGCUCAAGGAGCAGCACAAGUCCUUCCAGAGAAACCCAACAGAAUCCAGCCAGGCUCUCCGUGGUGGAAGAGCUUUCCCAAGGAAUGAUGGCCAAGAACCCCCAGGAGGAGCAGCAGAGGAGAAGUUUUGGUGCUGGAGUAGGCAGCGAAUCCCAGGAAUUCCUGCCCUGGAAUUUGGAUUUGCCCUGGAGCAGGGGCACAGCUCAGCACUGCAGGGAUUCCUAAAUCCAAAUUCUUCUGUUGGCCCUGACCCAGCACAAAAAUCCCAGAGUGGCUUCAAUCAUUUCCCAGAUUCACUCCUCACCACACCUGCCCAUCACUCCCUCCCGUUAUUCCAGAAUUUCUGCCCAGCAGAGGUUUUAAAUCCAGAGAAUCCCAGUGAGAAAAAGAAAUUCCAGCGUGACUCUGCAGCUGGAAUUCCACAUCAGCACUCAGCCAUCCCUGGGCUGUAUUUUUCCCGGAAUAACCACAGCAGUGGCCAGGCACAUCCAGAAUUGAGGAAUAUUUCAUCUGAUUUUAAUGCAAUUUUUCAAGAAAGGGGGAAGGAUCAAGCACCACUUCAAGAUUUCAAAAAUCACAUCCAUGAGGAUAACAGUUCACCAACAGCUUUUUGCAGAACCUCCCAUUUUACAAAAAAGAUGGAGCAGCUAGGAGUUUCUGAUUUUAGAGAUGAUUUUUCUGGCACGUGGCUGUGGGGUUUGUUGCCACCUGCCCUGCCCCAGCUCCAGAGGGAUUCACAGGAAGAUUCGGGAAGAGCCAAAGGAAAUCCAAGGAAAACAAAACGAAGCAACUCCGAGGGAUCUCUCCUGCAAAUGGAAAAGCAAAGCCAGCCCAAAGCCAGCAAGAAGCUACGUCGCUCCAAACUCUACAUCAAUCUGAAUGUGAAGCUUGGGGGCCUUGGACCUGACUAUGAAACAAUCAAAGAGAAAAAAGAAAAGCUAAAGCUGCAAAAGGAAUAUUCCAGGCAAAUAAAGGAAUAUAACAUGAAAAAUAUCACUGUGAUCCAGAGGUUGCCUGAACAACCCCGGGUGUCUUCAGUGUCCAGACAGAAGGCUCUGGAAUAUGCCAAGAAGAUUCCAAGACCAAAGACUUUCAUCACAAAGCAAUCAGACCAAGAGGUGAAGGAGGUUCUGCCCCAGGCUCCAACUGGGACCAGUUUACCCCCAGUGCCAUCCCUGGAAUCUUUGUGGAGCAGGCACGAGAAGGAGAAGGAGCUCGUGGCUGCUUUCAAAGCCCUGCACAUCUUGUAGGAGUUUGGGAAAUCUCAGGGCUCAAGGUAAAAAAUGCCUGAAUUGUUUUAUUUUCAGCUGUGACCACCACGUCUCCAUUUCCCAGCGCACUGAAAUUGAAACUGGCUGGGGUUGAAUUAUCUUUAAAUGUUAGAAUUGAUUCUGCUUGUACCUACUUUGUUUAAUAAAUUGACUGCUUGCAUUUGUAGCACUUUAAA